AAAGGGCGUGACUGUCUUGACCUGUUGUACCAUGGCUUCAACACUUCCGGUAUUUAUCAAAUUAACCCCGAUGGUACUGGAGAAUUUCAAGUUUUCUGCGAUCAGGAGACAGGUGGUGGCGGCUGGGUUGUCUUUCAAAGGAACAUUAAUGGAACUGUUACCUUCCAAGACAAAAACUGGGAUCAGUACAAGGAAGGAUUUGGCAACUUGUCGAGUGAGUUCUGGCUAGGUAAUGAGAAGUUGCAUCGACUAUCCUCGAUGAGGCAGCAACUUAUGGUAGAGCUUGAGGACCAUGCAGGCGAGAAAGCGCAUGCGUUGUACAACCAUUUCGCUCUUUUAUCCGAGAGCGAAAAGUACGAGCUUGAAGUUUCUACAUACUCUGGUACAGCUGGAGAUGCACUUUCCGAGCACAAUGGCAAAAUGUUUAGCACUAUUGACCGGAAUAAUGAUGGAAUCAGUAGUUUGCAUUGUGCUUCCACCUAUGGCGGAGGGUGGUGGUAUUUACAGGACUGCGUUCGCGCUUUUCUGAAUGGUGUAUAUACCACUUCUCCAUGUGGAAUAGUAUGGGAGGACUGGAGAGGUGCGGAUUAUCAGCUGAAACACUCUGCAAUGAAGUUACGGACGCGCAGAGGUUAGUAAAGCGUAUUGAAAUAGUGAUGCGCAGUCCAUGUUUGAAAACUAGUACUUCUAAUAGAAAUUUUGUUUAAUGAUUAUCACCAGAAACUCAUAAGGGGUUGAAACGUGUAACUCUCAUAUGUUUUCUUUGUCCGAUGCUCAUGAUUAUUUGUUUUCGAAAGUACCAUAUUUGGAACGAGAAGAAAAGAUAACUGACCAGUCAAACUUCGUAAACGACGUGACGUAACUUUACUUAACGUUCCCGCGCCCGCUUAAAAAAAUGGCCGACAAACGGUGGAAAUACUCCCGAAAGCCGAGUAAGCUUUCAAAGCCGUUGAAACCAGGAAGCUUACCGAAAUAAGCUGAAAUACUGAGAAGGAAACUCAUAAGUUUUUGUUAUCAUCAUUAUCUUUCCACUUAAAAACCUUUUUAAUAACUGAUUUUCCUGAUGUUACAGAGCGACCGUGGGAUUACUACCUAAGUUUUUCUGGGACAUUGUCUCAGGGAUUCGCUUCUGUCCCAAUCAUCUUGGAAUUUAACACCUUCACCGUUUCAUGGUGGAUGAGGGGUCUGAUGGCUGAAAGAUGGUCAGCGAUAUUUUCGCUGGUUAACUUACCACAAGCCAAAUACCUCGAGUUUUCUACGAUGGGGGAUAGACAUUGCAGAAUAACUUUAGAUACUAACGUAAGGUGAGUAAACUGCUAGAAAUAAGUCACUUACUCCGGCCACUAAUAGAGAACACCUUUGCCAUGUCUGUAGCCUGUAAACAGACGUUGUUUUAUUUUUCUUUUCGUUCUUUUCAAAAACAUCAGCGAGCUCGCGAGCGAAGCAAGCGCGCGAGAACAAGCGCGGAGAGGGAGAAAGAAAAAGAAAGAACUUCCCCCACCACUACCCCCUUGCGCUGGCGGUCAAUUAAUCCCCCUGCGGUUUAUAUUUUAUCACCCGAGCUCGACGGACUUUGAAGAGAAAAUAGAAGGUCUGUGAGCAGGCUACCAUGUUUGGCCAACUGCUGUUGUCUUUUCACUGAAAACAUUUUUCACUUAACAUUGUCUUCCCAAACCAUGCAUGCAAUGAAAUUCGUGUUAAAAAGUGACACUCUCAAGCUUCCCAUUCCCAUACUAGAGAAGAAAACAAACUAAAUAACAGAUGUUUUGCCUCAGAUAAUUUCCGGAAAAUCUAAUUUCGUACAGUUGCAGAUUGAAUGGAACGACCUUACUAUUCAGUAUGAAUCCUUAAACAUGUACAACUAUUUGCUGGCACCAUACAUCAUUUAAUAGGAGAAAAAAACCUCAGAGUAAAAAACAAUUUUUCCAAGGUAUUGUCCAUUCGUGUAAGUAGGGCAAAGAAAGUGAGAAUGCUUUUACCCAGUAGUGUAGGGAAGAAAAUUAUCCAGAUAAGGUUUCUUAAGUAGCCUUUCGGUUAUUUGCUUUCUUGCGCGGGAUCAAACCUUUGACAAAGGUUUCAUUUAUUUCUCAAUGGUUUGAUUGGUCCCUCCCAACAGUUACCAUGACUCAAGCCAGAGCUUUAGUGGUAACGAAUGGCAUCAUUUGGUGUUGAAAUGGGACGUUAUAUCGGGUAACUGGUCUUUCCUUGUAAACAACAAACCUGGCUUCAACGUUUUUGGUCCUCCGCGUGCCACUCCUUACCCAGGAGGCCAUCUGGUCCUCGGCCAAUCACAGAACAGCUCCGGGGCGGUAGAGGAAGCAGAAAGCCUAAGGGCAGAUAUUAUGGAAUUCAAUAUGUGGGAUUAUAAGCUGACUGACGAAACGAUACAUGAUCUGUACACAAGCUGUAGUAUUCGCUUAGGUUCCUUGAUUGCUUGGCCAGAGGCUCAAAUACGACUGCAUGGUGAAGUUAAGAGGGUUGAAUUUGUUAGAUGCAAAAUUGAAGGUAUAUUUAUUUAUUUUAUUUUAUUAAUUAAUUAAUUUAUUUAUUUACCCUUAUCACUUCAUCAAUUCAUUUACUUUAAUUUGAUAUAAAUGUAUCGUGAUACCAUAGUUAAAAAACAACAUACCUUAUUCUUGAAUUACACUUUAAAGAAAAAAAUAAAGAGGUAGCAUGAUCAAGGUACCACUUUGGUGCUGCGAAGAAAUGCUCUUUUUUUGCUAAUAAUAUACACGAAAAAAUUACUCAAUUCUGAUUGGCUGAGAAAGGAGUGCAGCUCUUCUGUAACACGAGUGCAAAAUGUGUAACACGAGUGCAAGUUACAAAUGCUUUCUGACUGGCCGAAAACACAAAAGAAACCAACAAGAACCAAUCAGAUUAGAGCUGUUUUAACAACACAGAUUCAAGAAAAUGGCCAUGGUUUUCAGCAGACGACGACGGGAUUAAAUUUUGUAAGCAAAACAACAAUAGAAAAGUUAAAUAAAAUAUUCCAAAAAAACCCGAACAUGGUAAAAAGUACGUCUUUCUCGCUAAAUGUAUUGAAAAUGCGUUGCUAAGAGAAAAAUACUGUCGACAAAAUCGAGGAAAAUGAGCCAGAGAAACUAAAAAAAAGCUACUCAUAACAGACUACGCUAAAGUAAAAAAAAUAAAGAACAAAAACGGUUGCAACCACACGCAAACCAUGACAGCUACACUCUUCAGGCAUUUAAAUGAACAAGGAUUAUUCAAUGAUAACAACAGGGGUUUCAAGUCAUGUACGUUAUUUGUUGCUCUCUUUGAGUCUUUUGUGGAGCGAAGACCUCUAUUAAAACAUCCAUGUGAUGGUCUGUUUUUUUUCUACCUCAGUAGCAAACGAAACUGAAAAUUUAAACUUCUGGUCCAAACUGAACCAAUGGGUGAAAAUACCACAACUCACACAAUGAAAAGUAUCCGUAGCUGGUACUAGCCUUAAAGAAAGAGAGAAAAAAGUUUACGAAUCAUUGUGCAAGAAAAACAACAUGCAGUCAGGUGAAGAAAGCAAAGAUUGUAAGUUCAGAACAUAUCCUCAGUGUCACAGGCCACAGAGGUAUAAAUUUCCUUAACGACUACGAUGAAGCCGACGAAGAAGAGCUACGAUGAAUCUUGCAUUAGCCCAAAUAAAAUAAUGAAAACUCCAGCGCUGAGAAAAAGCAAAUAUUAUAUUGAUACUGACAGUUUCCGACAUCACAACAACUGUGGCUCCACUCACCCAUCGAUGGUAGCGUCGAAAGAAAACAAAUUGCCUCCUUCAUUUUCGGGUUUUAAAUCUCAAAAAUUUGUCCAUGAAUCCAGCUAUGAUGGGGUCUCAGGAACAGACAAUGAUAAACAGUCGUUAAAAAUCCUUAGGAAGUGUCUUUCCUCUUUGGCUGCUCGAAGCGUUCUCCUGAUUUAAAAACGGCAGUAUACUUCUUGAAAACGCUUCUUGUAAACGCCGAGCUCUCAUAAUCGAGGAUGAAUUUAAAAACACUUACUUUUGCUGAUUGUUGUAAACCAAGUUAUCUUUAACAGGCUGGUGAUCAUAUAAAAAAAUCCUUGCACAUUUCCAAGUUCUUAGCUGAAUGAUUUUGAAAGCGUUGGUCUUGAAAAAGUUUGAAUUUGACAAAGGUAGUAGUCUGUUUCAGCCAAUCAGUUGAAUGAACUAAAAACGCGCGCGCUGUCAAAAUUUGUUGUCGUAGUUAUGUUUUUCGUGUAUAUUAUUAAUAAGUAAUCACAUGAUUUUUCUCGUGCAAUUUGGAUUAAAUAAGCACUUGUAAAUUUUUCAAAGACCACAAAGUGCACUCGCCCUACGGGCUCGUGCACUUUUGUUAGUCUUUGAAAAAUUUACUCGUGCUUAUUUAUUCCAAAUUGCACUCGAAAUCAUGUGAUUACCUAUACUAACUCAUCUGAAGAAAUUCCAUUUUGCCUCCUUAAUAAAAUAUAUAACUGAAACAACUUUUCGUGAGACACGAUCAUGACUACAGUUUGGUAGGAUUUUGUUCGCCCGAAGCCAAGAAAGUGUUACUUGGCAUUCGUAUACACUUUCCAACUUUCACGUUUUGUGAAGAGAUUUACAAACUAGAAUGAUUCUUUUUAUGACAUCUUCUGUUAAUUGCCGUACAACAAAAGCGUGAAAAAAUCCAUUCAGAUAAACACACACAUUCUAAUUUUCUUUGUUAAUUUUUCUGUUAUGAUUUUUUUCAGCGACUUAUAAUUGGCCGCUAACCCGGAAAAACCAACUUGAUCUCCCUGAAAUAUUGACUUCAAGGACGACUGCAUCUAUACAAGGCGCCACAACAUUCUUUGACACGAGACUUAAUGUCAUCAGCAGAGGGAAAAGUUCUUUCGUUAACCUGGGAUCUUUUCAAGACGAAUGCUUAAGCAAGAUGGACUUUUGUGCGAAUGGCCUUUCCAUUGGCUUUUGGAUGAGCUACAGAGGUAAACUAAACACCUCAACCUUAUCAAUCUUAUUCCGAGCGAAGCAAGGUUCAUAAAUUUGUCGCGCGUUGAUCGCACAGCGAGGCAGAAACUCGAGUUGCGCCUAUUUCUAUAGAUAUCUUGGUUGUCCGCAGUUGACGCCAUCCCGUUUUGACGUCGUGUGCGUGGGGCAGUGGUCAAGGGUUCAUUUUCACUUAUAGCAAAUUCGGGGGGAGCGAGUUUGAAUCCCGGCAAAGCCAUACUUUAAAAAUUUGAACAUAUUUUUCCUUUUUAGCUUUUUUACCCCUUUUCCUUUUGCAUGUUUCCCUUUAUUGACACCGCUGAUCCUUAACAACUUCGCGAGGAUUUUGCGAUAACGUAUUUCUACUUAAGGGUGUGUUAAGAUGUGAAAACUCGCACAGGCGCUAGUUUCAUACCGGGAUGACCUCUUGAUUUCGCAUCGCGUUUACAUGAAGACUUGGUCAUUUCAUACUACGUUUAUAUGAAGGUACAAUUCAUGUCGAUAAUAUAAAAUGUAAUUUAAAAUCGCAAACAUUACGCAUGCGCUACCAGUUCCAGUCUACCGGUAGACCGAUUUCACACCGAAACGAGUGGUCCUUUCGCGUUUACAAUACCGUUGCGAAAUUUUGUACCGUAGUGAAGUUCUUCCACACUUUCUGGCUAGAUUAGGAGCUUGCAACCUGAUAUUGCACCUCCACGUUGUGAUCAAUUAGCAGUUGCCAGUUCAGGGUAUCCGCUGACCAGUAUCAAAUGACCGUAUUGCAGACCAUCGAGGUUAAAUGUUUUUUUGAAGUUAGUUGCUGACAAGUUACCUGUUACUUGCUUUGGCUAAGUCUAUAUAUUAAUCACUAUUCUCGGCUUGCACUGUCACGCAAUGAAAAAUAAAAACGCAAACCAUUCAAUGCAGAAGGACUAGAAUCUGGGAAAUGAAAAAAAGAUAAAUAUACAAAAACCCUUGCCAAGAAUCAGGUUUGUGAAAUAUUUCAAAUGCGAGAUAUUGGGAAAAACGGUUUACCUAAAUUUAUAAAGCUUUGUAUGGAAACGCCAUUUUGGUGUCCCUUUCAGGAACACCAAUAUGGCCGCAGGAUGCCUACAGAAACAUCUGUUUUUGAGUUCUCCUACUAAUGCGUGAAUUCUUCGCUUGAGGAACUCAUAAAGAUUACAGUAAUAUUUAUUCUGAGACAAGGAAUGUUUAGAUUGCAAAAUCUCCCACAAUCGGUAACGUUUUUAACCCAUAUAAGAGCUUUCCCGGCCGCCAGCUAAAUGCCGCGUCACGCAAAAGCCUGGGAAUUCAAGCGUCCUCUCUCGCGAAACGAAGAACCCUUUCGAACCAAAAUUUUUUUAUGUAAAGGUGUUUAGGUACUGUAAUACCUGGUGAAAGUAGAAACUCAGAAGAAUCGAUAGUUUCUUAGCUUGAUUUUUGGAGACGUCACGUGCAACGGAAGAAUAAUUUUGGCUAAUUUUUUUGGGAUUUUCAGUGUAUUUCGUUUCUGAAAUUUUGGGUCUGAACGACGUGUAUCAAGAUUCCCUGAGAAACUGGCUUAAACCCUUCAUGCCAAUAAACAUACGAUGGCACAUUUGCUACAGAGCAACCGAUCAUGGGUUUGGAAUGGAAAAAUACCGUCAGAAUUGUAACCUCUAUGAUUUGGCGCCAACACUAACAAUACUGCAAGUUGGACGCUAUAUGUUCGGUGGAUUUUCUGACAAAAAAUUUGAAGGUAUGUAGCAUUCUCUCAUUCUCUCAGGGGGGUGAGGUGGGAGGUGAGGUUCAACCCUGGUUCUUACAUGCGGUCGAACUAACACAAGGGAACUUCAGCAACGACGAUGGCAAAGAGAAGGGUAAAAAAGCAAUAGGUUUAAGCCCCCAUCCAAACACCGAAACCGCACAUUUUUGAGAUCGCUCUCCAGAGUGGAUUUUUUGGAUCUGACAGUUUUGAUGAAUUUGUGUGAAGGACUGAAACCGGAUAUUUUUUUUAAGUCAACCAUGUCAUGAACUUGGGUCCAGUCUUAAAAGUGAAAACUCUUAAGCUCAAAGUGGUGGACAACAGUGUUCUGUUUGCAAAUUUGCUGGCUCUUGUUGCCAGUCUUAUGGAAUGCAUUGAAAUCAAUUUUGCUAUUUUGACGACAACAAUUAGCCAUUUCAUCCAGAUUGUUGAAUCUUUUAGUUCCGGACGAAGGGGUGCAAAAUGUCUUGGUUUUGAACCUCGUCAAAGAUGAUUUUGGGUUCGUCCGUCGCAAACAAGUGCCUGUUCAUACGAUGCAGCGGCGGAACCAGACCUUCAGAUAGGGGGUCCGGUCUCAAAAAAAUCUUUUUUCGGCCCUUUGAGCCUCCGUUUGGUCUGAAAAUAAAAGGGGCCCUCCCCUGAAUCCGUCAAUGGAUGGGAUGUUUCCUAUUGCUGGCUGCUUAUUUUUCUUUUCAUCUGUCGAAAUAUUCUCCUCCCUGGCAGAUACCGUGUAGUUCAAUUACAUGAGAGUAGUAUAGUAGGGAUUAAAGUAUCCUCUUUUUAACUUGACAUCAUCGGCUUUACAGUGCGGACACUUACACCAGGGCGCUUGGAAGAAGACAUG